AUGUCCUCGGAAGGAGGCCACGCUCGCUUGAGCUCCGAUUCGAAAUAUAGUUUUGAUAUUGUGUUCAUCAAACGCUUCCUGCGACUUUUUCGUUUGAUGUUCCCAAGAUGGCUGAGCGUGACCUCUCUGUUGAGUUUCUUUCUUCUUCUGCUAUCUCUACUGGAGCAAGUAAUCAUCUUCAACAUAGGCCUCCUCCCUAGUGAGUACUACAAGGUCCUGGGAAACAAGGACGUGGACGGAUUUCGUUCCAACACAAUCAAGGCAGUUCUGCUGAUUCUCGUAGAAGCUUUUAUGAAGAGUACCAUCUUGUAUGUGUCAUCAGUACUAUAUGUGACUUGGAGGAGCAUGCUGACUGUUGCUCUACACCGCCGCUACUUCUACGACAUCAUCUAUUACAGACUCAAUGUGCUGGACAAAGCUAUAGAUAACCCAGAUCAGAGAAUCACGCAGGAUGUGGACAAACUUUGCAAUUUCUUCAGUUUGAUAAUUGCCCCCCUGAUAAUCUCCCCUUUCACCAUCGGCUACUACGUGUACCAAGCUUCCGUACGCACUGGGUACAUUGGUCCAGUGAGUGUGGUGGUUUUCUUCAUCCUGGCGACAAUCAUCAACAAGUUCCUCAUGUCCCCCGUGGUGAGGUCUGUCUUCCAUCAGAAGAGGAGGGAGGGAGACUUCAGGUUCAAGCACAUGCAGAUCCGAGUAAAUGCAGAGUCAGCAGCUUUCUACAGGUCAGGGGUCACUGAGGAGAAGAAAGCCAAUCAGAAACUCCAUGAUCUUAUCAAGGUCCAGCAUAAACUGAUACGCAGACAGUACGCUCUGAACUUUUCCAUCAAGGCUGCAGACUACCUGGGCAGUAUUCUAAGCUACAUUGCUAUUGCUGUGCCUGUCUUUGCCGGGAGCUACGACUCUUUGUCAGCGGAGCAGCUGUCUGCACUUAUCAGCCAGAAUGCGUUUGUGACCAUUUACCUCAUCAGUUGUUUCACCAAGCUCAUCGACCUGUCCUCCCAGGUCACUAACAUGGCUGGCAACGCUCACAGGGUUGGAGAGCUGUUUGAAGUGCUGGGUCGGUUAAAGGAUGCACAGUCCGAGGACUACAGUUUCCUGGAGGAGACAAUGCCCAGUUCUGAUCUGGUGCCUCUCUCUGACGUUAACCUUGACACUGACAGAGAAUUCCUUGAGGGUGCGGCUGACACAGUGUCCCAGACAAACAUGGCGCUCAGACUGCAGGAUGUCACAUAUGGUCCACCAAAGUCAUCCCAAAUACUGUGUAGAAAUCUGAAUUUCCAGCUGGAGAGCGGGAUCAACAUCCUGGUUACGGGUGACAGUGGUUGUGGGAAGAGCUCCCUGCUUCGAGUCAUCAAUGGCCUGUGGUCAAGCAUUACUGGACAUGUCGCGAGAGGAUCCAAGGCUGUGUUCUACCUACCCCAGAGGCCAUACUUCACUGACGGUACUCUGAGGGAACAGAUCAUAUACCCUUUGAGGAGUGAUGAAUGUGUUCAACAUGAUGACAAGAUGUACCAAUAUCUAGAUUUGGUAGGUCUGAAAUACCUGAUUGACAGGAUUGGAGGGCUUGAUGUUGCUGUGGACUGGAACUGGUAUGAUGAGCUGUCCCCGGGAGAGAUGCAGAGGCUGGCCUUCGUCAGACUGUAUUAUCAUCAGCCUCCUUUUGCAGCAUUAGAUGAGUCCACCAGUCAGAUUGGUGUGAACAUUGAGGAACAGCUGUAUCGGCAGUGUGCGGAGCUCAACAUCACGGUCAUGAGUGUCGGACAUAGAGAGAGUGUGCGGAGAUUCCAUGACAUGGAGCUUCAUCUCGAUGGACAAGGAGGCUGGACCAUGACCCCAAUCAGACAGGAUGUCAUUAACGCGUGAUUGGGAAUAUUGAAUGCCAGGAAUCAGCCGCCCGGAGGAAACAAUUCCAGCCAGACGUCUUUCAAGACCAUACACUUUAGAAUUAUUAUUUUCACAAGAAGAGUUGUCUGUUAGCAAUGUAACAUCUUUAGUUUUCCAUGUCUUAAGUGUUUGUUUUGUUUGAAAUAAUGUUAAUUUAUUUUAUUAAAGUUUAUUUCAUUUCGAUCUGAAUUAAAUGUUAGUAUUGUUUUUGAAAAAGUGCUGUAAAUGUGGUCGAUUUUUUGUGUGGUUUAUUGUAUUUGUUAUUCUGUUAUCAUAGAUCCUAAGGACUGACAACAAUGUUGAAAUAAUUUAAGGAUAAACUGUAAAUCUUGAAAUUAAUGUGUCUCAAAAUUAAUACGACUACUGACCCCUAGCAGAAUCAAUGUGACUCCCCCCACCCCAUCCCCAGUGGAAUGAUGCAUAUCCUUACCUUAAUCCAGUCAAACGGCAAAUAGCACCACUUAUUAGGGCUGAGUAACGCACUUCCGUGAUAACAAUAAACAGUGUUUUCCUAAUAACAACACACAGAUCAUAUAUUUAUUUUGUUGACCGGCACUAAGGAAAUUCAAAGGCAAUAAAGUAAUUGAACCGACAACAGUUCACUCAUUGGAGUGGUCAAUGAUGCUUAGUUUGACAUGCAAUGAUAACUCACCGGAUGCCUAUUGUGUAAUUCCUAUUCUUUAAAUGACAUUGUUAUGUACGUGUUACAAGUGCUGUUCAAUAAACCGUGUUUGUGUAUAUGUUCAAGUUGGUAU